AUGUCGAACCAACGCACAUCUCGACCUAAACCGCCCCCUCCAGGCAACGAAGAAGCUUCGGCGACCUUGAAUCUGGGCGAAUUCCAAAAUGUCGACACCUUGACACUGUCGGAAGCUUCCCUCGUGCUAAACGCGCUGGUUGCGAAGCGUCGAAAUGAUCGCAAAAACGUAAACGAGACAGAAAUGCUGAACCAGACGCUGAACUAUCUGGACCAUUUUUCUCGAUUCACGCAAAAGGAGAACGUCGAGGCCGUCGAACGUUUGCUAAGCGCUCACAAGGAUUUGGCCAAGUUUGAGCGAGCGCAACUGGGGUCUCUAUGUUGCGAAAAUGCCGACGAAGCCAAGACUCUUAUCCCUUCCCUGGCAGACAAAAUCAAGGACGAGGACCUGCAAGAUCUUUUGGACGAGAUUUCGAAACUUCAGAAUCGAUAG